UCCUAGGCUUUUGGGCAGGCCCAUACCAACCACAAGAAGGUAGCAGCAGAUGGAGAGAGCAGAGAGGAGACCUUGAUUCAGGAGUCAGCUACCAAAGAAGAGUACUACAUGAAAAAAGUGAUGGAGCUGCAGACGGAGCUCAAGCAACUGCGGAAUGUCCUUGCCAACACCCAGUCUGAAAAUGAGCGCCUUAAUUCUGUUGCACAGGAGCUGAAAGAGGUAAAUCAGAAUGUGGAGAUCCAAAGGGGCCGCUUGCGAGAUGACAUCAAGGAAUAUAAAUUUCGAGAAGCUCGUUUGCUGCAAGACUACACGGAGCUGGAAGAGGAGAACAUCUGCCUUCAGAAGCAAGUGUCUGUCCUGAAGCAAAAUCAGGUGGAGUUUGAAGGCCUAAAACAUGAAAUCAAACGGCUUGAAGAGGAAACAGAAUUUCUCAACAGCCAGCUGGAAGAUGCCAUACGAUUGAAAGAAAUAUCAGAACGCCAGCUUGAGGAAGCUCUGGAGACUCUGAAGACGGAGCGUGAGCAAAAGAAUAAUCUUCGCAAGGAGCUCUCUCAUUACAUGAACAUCAACGACUCCAUGUACACCAGCCACCUCAACAUCUCCUUGGAUGGACUGAAGUUCAGCGAUGAAGCCACUGAGCCCAAUAAUGAUGAGAUCAUGAAUGGCUUUGAACAGAACUGCCUUAGCAAAAUUACCAGUAGCAAGAAUAAUACAUCAACACCCAAAAAGAAUGACAGCUUCCCUCCAGCCCCAAGUCUGGUCUCAGAUCUUCUGAGUGAGCUAAAUAUUUCUGAAAUCCAGAAGUUGAAACAACAGCUUGUGCAGAUGGAAAGAGAAAAAGUGAAUUUGUUAUCUACACUCCAAGAAUCUCAGAAACAGCUAGAGAAUACACGUGGAGCCCUUUCUGAGCAGCACGAAAAAGUUGGUAGGCUCACUGAGAACCUCAAUGCAAUGAAGAAACUCCAGGUCAGCAAGGAACGUCAGUCUGCUCUAGACAAUGAGAAGGAACGGGACAGCCAUGAAGAUGGGGAUUACUAUGAAGUUGACAUCAAUGGGCCAGAAAUACUAGAAUGCAAGUACAAAGUAGCUGUGGCAGAGAUUAGUGACCUGAAGGAAGAGCUGAAAAAUCUUAAGGCCAAAUAUGAAGAGUGUGAGUCUAAAUAUGAGGAAGAGAAGAACAGGUAUGAAACUGAAAGCCAGGCUCUUACUGAAAAGAUCACUUUGUUAGAAAAAUCUAGCCGGCAUGAUAGAGAACAGGUAGCCAGACUGGAGAAGGAACUGAAGAAAGUAAGUGAUGUGGCUGGAGAAACACAGGGCAGUCUCAGUGUAGCGCAAGAUGAGCUAGUCACUUUCAGUGAGGAAUUGGCCAAUUUAUACCACCAUGUUUGCAUGUGUAACAAUGAAACUCCAAACCGAGUGAUGCUGGAUUAUUACAAAGAGGGCAAAGGAGGCCGUAGUAGUCCAGAAGGGAAAGGUCGAAGGUCGCCCAUCCUGCUCUCGAAAGGGUUGUUAUCUAUAGAGUUAGGAAAGGCAGAGAAUGGAAGCAGUGAUAGCAGUCCAUCUCCAGUAUCAUCCCUCCCAUCUCCAGUAUCAGAUCCUCGGAAGGAACCAAUGAACAUUUACAACUUGAUUGCUAUAAUUCGUGAUCAGAUCAAACAUCUGCAGGCUGCAGUAGACAGAACAACUGAAUUGUCCAGGCAGUGUGUUGCCACCCAAGAACUUGGGCCAGUAGUGGACAAAGACAAAGAAGCGCUCAUGGAGGAAAUUCUCAAGUUGAAGUCCCUGCUAAGUACCAAGAGAGAACAGAUAGCAACUCUGAGGACUGUGCUAAAGGCCAACAAGCAGACUGCAGAGGUAGCCCUUGCCAACUUAAAAAGCAAGUAUGAAAAUGAGAAGGCUAUGGUUACGGAGACCAUGAUGAAGCUACGUAAUGAACUGAAGGCUUUAAAAGAAGAUGCUGCUACCUUCUCUUCUCUGAGAGCAAUGUUUGCUACAAGAUGUGACGAGUAUGUCACACAGCUGGAUGAAAUGCAACGCCAGCUUGCAGCAGCUGAAGAUGAGAAGAAGACUCUGAACUCUUUGCUUCGUAUGGCUAUCCAGCAAAAAUUGGCAUUGACCCAGCGCCUGGAGCAUCUAGAGCUUGACCAUGAGCAGUCCAAAAGGGUGCGCACAAAAUCUACUUCCAAAGCCAAGACCAGUAACCCUAGUAUGGUCAGCAGCUUUUUUCCUGUGUAUCGCCGCUCUGCCUAUAAGUAGUCAGGAGAUAUCACAAUAUUAAUGUAAGCUGUAGAGUAGUUCCUGGAGAAGGCCUUUCCAACAGUGCAACAGCAUUUCUUAGCCUGUCUGUAUGGUUAAAAGUGGUAGCCCGUUGCACAAAGAAUGGAAACCAUUGACCCGUUCCUAUUUUUUAACACCUUUAACACCUUUUUCCAAUAUUACUACCUGCAAUGUUCCUUUUGUCUCAAGUAGUAAAACAAACAAGCUUUACCUAUAAGUGCUGCUGCAGAAAGAAAACUUACAAGUGCUGAAGAAACCUACUUCAAAUGUAAUGAUCACCAUAUUAGUUUAUGCUCCACUAGAAAUGUUCAGAUGGGGGAAAUUUCUUCUUUUGUUGCAGAUAUUCAAUUUUUUUUAUCUGAUUGUUAAACCUGUGCACUUUUGAUAUUUUGAUAUUUUAGUUUAGCUUCUUUCAUUUCUUAUGUUAGAAGAAUUUAUAUAAAUGCUGUGGUUUGUGCUCAUAGUCUCUUUCCAAUUUGGGUUUGUGCUUGUUGAUUUCUACAUCAGCAUGUGGCAGAGAUUUAUACUAUUUUGUUUUGGUCUAGACUGUGUUUAGAAAAGGGUUUCAACGCAAACAGGGAGCUCUGCUAAACUAUAUAUGUGCUGUGCUUCAGCAGCUUUUUAAUGAUAAAAUGUUAAGCUUUAUGUGUUUAAAUUACUGAUAUUUUUUUUUUUUUUUAACUGCCAUGUUCAUUAAGAAAUCCAGGGUAUUCAAAUUCUGGGGUUUUUUCAUAUUGUAUUAUUAUUCUUAGGAAUAGUUCAAUGUAACAAGAAGAAAACUUGACUUUGCUCUGGUUAAAACAGUAAUAGGCACUUGAAAAAUGUUAAAUGAGUAGUAUUACCUAUAAUUUCCAGAGUUUCUGGAUUUUAGGAAGUUGAAAUAUUAUUGAUUAACAGAAUUUUAUACAACUGUACCAGUUAAAUUCCAAAUUGGAAUUGUUUUGUUACUUUUUCAUUUUAUUGUGCCAAAUUUAUGGUACAUUUAGAAAAGGAAAAAUUCUAAAGUUGUCACUGAUAGGUGUUCUAUUUCAGCGCCUUUUUGUCAUUAAUUAUUGCCAGUAGUGCCUUUAAUAAUUUUAAGGGAGAAUUGUAGAAUAGCUUAGACUAUAUACAAGAAGAAAUGAACAGCUGUUUUGGAACCUAGUAAAGAUAUGGAGCAAUAAGUGCAAAGUGAACUCCCCUUUCGCACAUUUUUAAUGGGUAGUCUUACUAUAGAGAUUAUAUAUACAAGAAAUUGUAAACAAUUCUGUUAGUCAAUGAUAUUUCACCAUGCAGAUCCAUGCAAAUUCAGGGGCACAGAAAACAAAAACUAAAAAACAAACCCGAAUACACUUUGGGAACUAAAUGGACUUGUAUCGAACAAAUGAGCAAGGUGUAUUAACACACCUGUGGUUGCAGUACAGAGGAUGUAUUGGGAAUAUUCAUGUUCUCUUAGCUUUGGAUGGUGGUGGAUGCAGUUAACCAUAGUAUUGUUUGCAAAUGUGAAAGACAAGACAUUAAUACUUUCUCUUGCAUGUUGUAUCUAAUCAUUGUAAUUUCAGGAAACAGAAACUGAAAAGUGCAUCAACAAGCUGUACCUCUUCGGUGCUGUUCGUUGAGGCAAGUGUGAAUGAUUAAAUUGGUACUUCGGGGGGGAGCUUCCCACCUCUCAAAAUAAGUACAAAUUGUAAUAAGUGUCAGUGGGGAAAAGAUUUCUGUUUGCUGGAAGAAGCAUUAUUAUUCCUAGAUGUGGGUACAUAUAUUUUCAUCUUCUGUUACAGUAUUGAUUCAUAAGAAAUAUCGUUACAUUAAAAUUACUACAUUUGUAUGUGGGUAUUUAUUUGAAAUGAUGUCAAAGUACUGUAUUAUGUUUUAUGUGCAUUACCUUUUUAGUGGUGGAUUGGUCUCCAUUUAAUGUCAUAUGCAUGUACUCUUGCCAAGUAACCUUUACACAAUCUGAAAAAGCAAAUGUCAUUACUUAAAAGACAAAUGUGGAAACUGAUUCUUAAAGUAUAACUGUGUGUUAAUUUGAUAACUUUAGGAGGCAUAGAGGGCAAAAUGUUACUUCCAAAUUAAUACAAAACGUGUGUGUAAUGUAGGAAAGCAAUCUGCCUGCAUAAAGGUAGUCACAUUGGCAGUUUCAAUAAAGGAAAAAAGGACAUGUG